AUGCUCUUGCUGAGACACUGUCAUGUUACUCGGAUGAACUUCCUAUCACGAACUGUUCCACCUAGACUUUUGGAGUCCGCUGCAGCCAUCCAUGACACACUGACAAGAUCAACGUUCACCAAUCUCUUGGGUAGAGGCAAUCUACCAGACAGGCAGUGGCUUCAAGCAACUUUACCAGUACGACAUGGAGGAUUUGGUCUCACGGCUUUAACAUCUACAGCAUCAUUUGCAUUUCUGUCUAGUUGGGUCUCAACCCUGCAUACAAUAGCAAAACGAAUUCCUGAUGCUGAGAGAUUGCUUGAUGAAUUUCAGAAUUCACAUCAUUCAAAUAGUUCCAUCAGCAGAGAUUUGUGCAAUGUUUUGCCUCAAAACAAAACUCUCGUAGAAGUUAUCAACGACAGGAAGCAACUACAACACAAGCUGACUGAGGAAUACAUGAAAUCUCUGUCAAAUGGUUUUAUUCAGAAUUCAUCUUCGACUAGAGACCAAUCUCGAAUGAAGUCCUUGCAAGGCAAAGAUGCAGCUAGGAGCGUGGCUCCUGACAGUACCAUCAUCAUCAUGGCAUGCAUUAUCUCCGUGCAAUUUCCGCUUGGCAUCCUUGAUGAGACUGGGAUGCCAAAUGCCUUUGGCUUCUGGUCAGUGUGACUGUGGGAAAGAAUUAGACUCAGAUGGAUACCACCUAAUAACAUGUAAGACUGGGGGCGGCCCGGUAAUCAGCCAUAACAACAUGGUUUCAGCAUGGUCAGACUGUUUGAGUCAACUGCAAUUACAUCACGUAAAAGAACGCAGAGGAAGGUAUGUCAAUUCUGAAGACAGAUCAGACAUAGUCGUAUUCGAUUCGGCAUCGGGGAUGGAUCUUGAAUAGGAUAUUGCUCUAGCGCAUCCCUGGAGCAAUGAAAUAGAAGGUUUAUCAGCUACAACUCAGAGAGCAGCGGUAACCAGAAGAGAAAAUCUGAAGAUCAAAAAGUACGACUAGGAGCUCUUGCCUGGAGGUUUUCGACCAACAUUUGUGUCUAUAAUCUUCAAACAUUUUGGCUGUUGAGGAGAGAAAGCUGAAGACUAUUUGAAGAAACUGUCACAGCUAUCAAGAGACGAAGACGGAGAGCCAAAUGCAUCAACCUUCAAGUCAUACUGGAGAUCUGUGUUUUCUGUGUGUCUACAAGGAUCAAAUGCUAGAGUGAUUGACAGAAAAAUAAAGAAUAUUGUUUCAAGAGACAGCAACAUAAACAUAAAUAGUUGUAGGUAGAACCAAGCCCUAUUGGCUUGGGUAGUAUUUAGUUGCUUUGCUUAGAUGGUGUAUGUUAUACCUUGUAAGUUUGGGGUUCGACACAGUAGGCUCAGUACUCGA